UUAAACGUUUGCAAUAAUUACGAAUUUCAUUCACUAUGAGAAAUAUUGAAUCGAACAAUGAAAAUUUGACAAAUUAAGGAAGUGGAAUCAAUCCUGACCCAAUCCAUGAUUGGGACAGGACCAGGAAUUAUGUAGGAUAGGUCAAUUCUUCGACCUCCAAUCAGGAGUUUUCACGUCAGGUCAGGACUUUUUCCAAUAUAUACGACCCUGAGAUAUAAGAACAUGGGCGGUGGUUUCUGCACGGUUUCCAUCCGCGCUUGUAGAAAACGUACGAUUUUCCUUUCACUCGACUUUUCCUUUCUGUCAUUACUAACGCUUUUGUCCCUCGAAAUAUCGUCCCAUAAAAAAUCCGAUAUAAUACAAGUGCUAAAAUUUAUUCUUCACAGUUUCUUGUCUAAACUUCGCACACCGGGAAUUACACUUUUCAACCUAUUUCAUAAUUAAAUAGGAAAAUGCAACGUGUCCUAAUAAUUAUUCAAUGUUUCUUAGAAAUAUUGUUCAAAUCUUUUGUCUAACAAUAAUAAUUAGACUACAAUAAUAUAAAAAUCUCAAAUUUUGUCCAACUGAGACCACGAAUAUUUCAUUUCGUGCAGAAAUCCGCAGUUUAAUAUGGAAAGAAAUGUUGAUCUCAGUUUUUAUUCAUUUUCCACGCGCAUAUGGUAAUUGGAUAUUUGGCAUGUUACGCUGUUUGGCGCACAUAAAGAAAAUUGCGAGCUACGCGAAAAGCGCUGAUAAGCUAGGAACAUAAACCGCAGGCAGGGGCCAGCUAUACGUAUGCAAUCGUUCGGACCGGAGUCGGUAUUCAACUGAAAACCGGGAAAGGGAUGUGUGCUACAUAACUCAUCGCGUGGCACUUACUCGCUCGAGUAAAUGUACCGUGCAAGCUCUCCGGGGACAUGCACAGGGCGUCAGGCGAGAGUAACCGUAGAACCUACUCGAAAUGCAACAUCCUGUGCGACUAUCCACCGGGCGAGUUGACCAACGUCACCGGUCAAACUCGGCCGAGGCAGAACAGCGUGUUCACCGGGUCUAGUUUUGGUUUUACGCCGAGCGGCCAAAUGCGACGCACGAAGAGCGCCCUAGAUCUGCAGUCAGUUAUUCUAACCGGGAAAAAUUUGGACAGCGAACAGGAUAUCCUAAAGAGUCUGAGACCUGCCAACGAGUCGACGAAACUGUUGCAAAGGGACCAGAGCCGUAGGACCAGCGUCUGUCAAUUCGACAAGAUGAAAUUCAGAGAUCGAGGGAUGAGCGCUUGUCAAUUCGACAGGCCGAACUUCCGUGACCGAGGGAUGAGCAUUUGUCACCUGGACACGUCUCCGAGACCCUGCCGAAGAGACAGGGGCAUGAGCAUCUGCCAGUUCGAUAGAAUGGAUGUCCUCGCCAGACCUCUGCAACGAGAAAGAGGGAUGAGUAUCUGCCAGUUCGACAGAAUGGAUGUGUUAGCGCGUCCGUUGCAGAGAGAUCGAAUUGGCAGUGCUUAUCACUUCGACAGGACCGAGGUCAGGCCUAACUUGUCCAUGGGCAAGUCUCUUUUGAGGGAGAGAAGGGUUAGCGCGUGUAACUUUUUGGAGAAGGACGAGGAAAUGAGAGAAAUUCGGGAACGAAGGUCCAGUUUUGGAAAUUUCGACAAGAUCGACGAUGUGGACAAGACUGAGAAGGCAGAGCAAGAGGAAAUCUUCAGUGAUAAGGGGAAGAGGGAUUAUUAUCAACAGGAUCCUUGUUGCAGUAAAAACUCCGAUAUCGUCUUUGGAUACAAAGCUACUCGCGUUUAAUGCGAGAAGAAUUUAUCUUUGUUCAGCUAAUAUACUCUGAUUUGUCUCGCGAUAGCAGUUCGGUAAUCUCGUGCAAUCUUAUUAAUUUCAAACGAAUAAGAAAUGAAUAUUACUUUAAAAUACUUAAUAUAAUUGAAAAUGAUAAACGA